UUGGUCGUCUGUUCCCUGGGCUGGUCGUCCUGCCGCCCUCGGCGUCUAGCCGUCGAAUACGUAACAGGUGGUGGCAGCGGUCUGCGGACAGCGGAUGGAGCGCAAGUCGGUGGUGGCCUUGGCGUCCGGUUUGCACUAGGCUUAGAACUCAUGGAUCGUCCGAAGAGGGGCGCCGCCAAGGCCACGUCACCGCUUUCGAAGACGUCGCUCUCUCAGGACACCGAUCACAUACUCUGCUCGUGGCACCGAUUCGUGCGACUCCGGGACCUUGAUGAGCUCCGAGCUGCUACCGACCAGAGGAAAUGGCGGCUGGGCCAACGCGCCGGUCCGCUUGCCACGUCCCAGAGGGACGCCGCACUUCGUUACCUCUCAGCGUACCCCUACCCGGCGGACGAAGCGCUCUCCUCCCAGUGCGGCACGGACAAUUCCGAUGAAUCCCAGGUUCCCGUGGGCCAGAGCCUCUGCUACGCGUUGCUCGUGGUUCUGACCGGUGUAGUGGCGUUGUCCACAGGUGUCGUGCUGGUCAGGCUGGUGCCCGCUGCCACGAAUUCGUCGAAGAGCUUUCUUGUGCGAAAUGUCGGUGCCCCCAGCGAGUUCCUGCAAAUGGGUUCAAGGCCAUCGCCGAAGGCAAAAUCGUCAGCCAUUGCAGCAGCGCCCGCACGGCCUUCCGGGCUGCUCCGUGCGGCACCUUCCGUUGUUGGCGAGACCAAAGCACUGCAGAGCACCACCCGAACGACCUCGGUAAACGCCGCUUCAGCAAACAGCGACACGCGGAAACAAGAGCAUGGAAUGAGGACCGAGCCGAUGACAGGCCUCCUUUUCAAGGAGUCGGAGUCUAAUGGUGACGAGGAUGGCUCGGAAGAGAAAAUCCACCUGUGCGAUCUCGCCUUCUUUACGUACUGCCCGAGAAUCCAGCACCAGUUUUACUUCAACCGCAUAACAAACUCGUGCGCGCGGGCGACCAUGUCAUACGGCGUGGAGGUCUGCAACCGCGGCGCCAACAGGUUCUCUUCCCGGGUGAGCUGCAAGAGGAGCUGCGUUGACAGCCAUCAACCGUCGGGAAGGUGCCAGGACACGCCUGUGUUCUCUCAGUGUGGAAGCGCCGACCUGAAGAGGCGCCUGUGGUUCUUCGAAGGCGAGGCCUGCCGACCCUGGGACUUCCCGUCGGGCAAGUGCCCCACGGCUGACGGGGACCUGUUCAGAAGCCACGGGGCGUGCGUCCGCAAGUGCGCCACCAACAAGACGUACGUUCCGCUCUGCCGCACUCCCCCGUCCGGCGUGUGCGCCGGCCAGCGCCUCAAGUACCCCUACUUCGCCGUCCAAGCGCCAGGCGAAACGAAGAUGCGCUGCCUACGAACGUCGGGACUGAGCCUGCGCAAGCGCCUCUGCCUGACCGGCACCAACAGGUUUCCCUCGCUGGCCUCGUGCAAGCGCGCCUGCGCAAGCGGCGCCAGCUUCGAGAGUCGCGACUAGCUAUGGUCAUACCUUGUCGCCGUUACUUAAUAGUAUUACCGUUUUCUUGGCUCGGGUGGAUGUCCACUUCCCGAGCAUUUCUUUAUCUUGUGACUGUUUAUCGUUUAUAAACUCUUCACGUGUACGAUGAAUUCGGGCUCAGACUUAAACUCGGCCAACGAACAAGGUUGCCCUUGCUCAUAGGAGAUGCGCGCAUCACACAAAAAAAUGUGUGUUAAUACUUUCGGCGAAUAAUACCUAGGCACAGAGUAGGCGUUUGUUGAUUCCUAAAGCCACUCCAUUCAUCAUAAUACGGCCUCUCCGGUGAUAAAACCUAAAUAUCGUUUCCUCGGGCAGGUAAGGAUUACUAGCGUGUUGUAUUUGCAGUUACACUCUGUGCCUAGUAACGAAGGAACUACGAAAGUAUCAGAAGCUCAUACUUUUCAUCUCAUUGUUGUUACCACCAUCACAGUCGUUUGCAUCAAUUUGCGAAGUGCAGCAGCGUCAUAUAUAUUUGAGCUCAAAUGCUUAGUCACUUUUCAUGCUGACAUGUCUCAAAAAUGACGGCGUAUAAUUCGUGUCGAAUUGUCAAACAUCGCAAUAAAGCUGUCACGUACACGCUCAAGUUUCAAAUGGUGACUCAGAAUACGUACCUCAAAAUUUAUAUCACGUGUUAUUGUAUUUUGCUACUUUUUUAUAAUUCCCUAUUCGUUGUUUUUCUUGUCAAUUCUAAAUUUACUUUUCGCACUCUUGGUCAUAAUUACGCAUCUAACCACUUUGUUCAGCUGCUAUUUCAAUUGUACUGUAAGGGUCACUAUAACGGAUGGUCCCGUUACAUUUCUUCUCUAGGACCUAUUUCUAUUUAUUCAUCGUUAGCCACUGUGCCAUACCUGAAACCAAUAAACGGGAACUGAAACAUCGGUUACACCUCUACAACUAUUCACUGCUGUUCGACAAAUCAGGGAAGUUAUGCUGCAGUGUGGGAGCUGGCUUUAUUUAUUGCCCGGAGCACCGAUGCCCCUUUAGGGCAAAUCCUGCGAAGUUCUUACCGCAGUACCAAUUGCGUAGAAAGCAGAUGUAAUUCCUUUUACUUGCACCUGUAAGUUGCCUUGCACCUGCGUACACAUCCAGUGCCCGUCGAGGUUGAGCGACUAAUCAGGGAUUACUAUAUUAGGUUUUGACAACGAUACAGGCCUGUUUGACAGGAUAUGCCAUAACACAGGUUGUUCUGAUCCUUAUAGCCUACAACUGAGUUCGACCGACGCAGCCGUGCAAGUUCCGUCAUCUCAAAAAGCUGAAAUUUAGACGCUACCAUGCUAUUUUUUUGCGUAAGUGUUUCAGUUACGGCGCAUAAUAAAUUGCACGCUUUUGUACAAUUUGUGGUUUGCUACGUAGUUCAUAUAGAUCAGUUAUGUAUGCCGACAUUGUGCACAACC